AUGGCUUCUGAGGUCGUGUGUGGACUGAUCUUCAGACUGCUGCUGCCCUUCUGCCUGGCGGCAGCAUGUCUGUUCAGGUACAACUGGCUCUCAUUUGUCUACCUCAUCUACCUCCUCCUGAUCCCACUGUUCCCAGAGCCCUCCAGCACAACCAUGCAGGGCCACACGGGGCGUUUACUCAAAUCCUUAUGCUUCACCAGUAUGACCUUCCUCUUGUUUCACAUCAUCUACCAGAUCACCAUCCACAGUCUUCUGGCUGGGAACACUAUAGAACAGACAUUCAACUGCUCAGUUUGGGAGACGUCCAUACGACAGAUCGGAUUCGAAAGCGUUAUAGGAGCAGACGCAGGGAAUGGCAUCCGGGUGUUUAUGCCAGACAUUGGCAUGUUCAUGGCAGGCUUGGGCACCUGGUUGCUGUGUAGAAAAUUGGUCCAAAAGAGAUCUCUGGAGGAGAUGGCGCAGUACAACCAGGACUUUGAGACAGAGGAACAGGAUGACUGCGAGGAGUCCAGGAGCCCUGAUGAUGAAGAUGGUGACGAGAUGCUUUUCGAUGAGGGCUUUGAUGCUGAAGAUGAAGCAGAGGAUGACGAGGAAGAGGAUGGAUGUCUGGAAGAGGAAGAAGAGGAGGAGCAGGAGGAGGAAGAGGAGGAGGUGAAAGAAAGCGCCAAGAUGAAGGCGCUGCGUAUCGUUGCUGGAGUGGCGACUAAAGUGAAGGAGAUCAUUGGUAACCUCAUCACUACAGCGGGGAAGGUGGUGGUGACCAUACUGCUGGGCCUGACAGGCAUGAUGCUGCCCUCACUGACCUCGGCCGUCUACUUCUUCACCUUUCUGGCACUGGGCACAUGGUGGUCCUUCUGCCAGACCUUCGACCCUCUGCUCUUCAGCUGUCUGUGUGUGCUGAUGGCUAUCUUCUGUGCAGGCCACCUUAUCGUUCUCUACCUCUACCAGUUCCAGUUCCUUCGGGAUAGCAUUUCUGUUAACGACACCUUCGCCAGUGUCUUUGGCAUCUCUCCCAUCAUCAUGCCGAACUGCUCAGCCACCUGGAAGUUAAACGUGAACACAAGGCUAAACUGGAACCAUUUUGUCAAUCCCCUCAUGCUCCUGGUUUUGUACUACACCCUGGCCACGCUGAUCCGUCUCUGGCUCCAGGAUCCAAUGGUUAAGGAAGACGAGGAGGAGGAAGAGGAGGACGUAAAUGAAGACACAGUCGCUAACACAGCAGAAAGAAGGAGGCACUUGUGGUGGAACACACGGCAGAAAACUGAAGAAAAGAAUCUUCUAUCCACUCAGGACGGUUACAGCACUACUGAGGCAGUUGUGGUGAACUCCAACGGGACGUCUGUUGGCUACAUCAACACUACAGAAAACGGACCAGUCACCUUGGACCUCUACUCCAUCCCUAAGUAUAAAGUGGACCAGUCCAAUAAUAUCGAGGAUCAGAAGGAUUUAGAGGUGUAUGAGGUGGUUGAGAUGCCACCGGAAGAGGAAGAAGAGCUGAAGGAGAGUGAGGAGAAGUCUGAGUCUGCUGCCCCGCCCGGGCUUGUCAAGGUCUUUCGCUUCAUCUUGAAGCAGAGCUACAUCUGCGCUCUCAUCGCCAUGAUGGCUUGGAGCAUUACCUACGUGAGCUGGCUGACGUUCGUCCUGCUCUUAUGGUCCUGCACGCUGUGGAUGGUGCGAGACAGGAGAAAAUACGCCAUGCUUUCCUCGCCCUUUAUGGUGGCCUACGGGAACCUGGUGAUCGUGCUGCAGUACAUCUGGAGUUUUGAGAGUCUGAAUGCCGUUCCCAGUCUCUUCCCCAAACCCCACGAAGUCUUCACAGAACUCUGCUCCAAAGUCCUGUAUUUGCUGACUUUCUGGCUGCUGCUGCGGCAGACGCUGACCGAGCGGCAGGACAAACUGGCAGAAGAAGCAGCGCUUUCUGAAGUGUCAGUCGAAGCAGAGAAAAAAGGUGAGCUGAACAAAGAAGAGGAGGGUGGUGAGGAUGACCUCAUGCAGGUCGUGGGGAAGCUGGUGAUGGCGCUGCUGGUGAAGUACUGGAUCUACAUCUGCGGUGGCAUGUUCUUCUUCGUCAGCUUCGAAGGAGAUGUCGUCAUGUACAAGAUCAUCUACAUGAUGCUCUUCCUCUUCUGCGUCGCCCUCUAUCAGGUGCACUACGAGUGGUGGAGAAAAAUCCUGAAGUAUUUCUGGAUGUCAGUGGUGGUGUACACCAUGCUGGUGCUCAUUCUUAUCUACACGUGCCAAUUCGAAGCUUCCGUCCCCACCUGGUCAGACAUGACCGGCAUGAGUGAGGAAAAGUUAAAAGCUCUGGGUCUGCAGAAGUUCUCUGUGGUCGAUCUGUUCACACGGAUUUUCAUCCCCACUUCCUUCCUGCUAGUGUGCAUCCUUCACCUGCACUACUUCCACGAGCAUUUCCUCAAGCUCACAGACCUCAACGCUGUGGCUGCCAAAGAGGAUAGCCCCAUCUACAGCUCUGCCAAAGUCAGUGCUCGUAUCUAUCUAAUAAUGGAUAGAAUCAAGCAAAAAAUGUCAUCACUCCAGAGCAAACUUGCCCAACCAGACGGGAGCUUGGCAGAUCUUACCAUGCUGAGUUCUUCUCCAGAGCCCCUGGGGAAAGAGAAAGAAAUGUUGAUGGUGGAUGGCAUGGUGGAGGAAAAAAAGAAGGAGGAGGACUCUGUCCAUGAUGAAAGCCAACACGACAGCAUGGCUACAGAUCCAGAAAUGCCAUCAGAGGAGAGCUCAGAUUUGAAAAAUAAGUGGCAUCUGGUGCUGGACCGUCUCACUGUGCUGUUCCUAAAGUUCCUGGAAUACUUCCACAAACUGCAACUCUUUAUUUGGUGGCUCCUGGAAAUCCACAUCGUAAAGAUUGUUUCUUCAUACAUCAUCCUGGUGUCCGUCACAGAGGUAUCUCUGCUGAACUUUGUGUUUUUUGCAUCAUGGGUGUUCGCCCUGCCGUACAGUCAGUUCCGGCCUUUAGCCUCCAGCAUCUGCUCUGUGUGGACUUGUGUUAUCAUCAUCUGCAAAAUGUUGUACCAACUGGAGACCAUAAAACCACAUACCUAUUCCAGUAAUUGCUCGAUGCCCAACGACACUGAAAAUAAGGAGUACAUGAUGAAGUCUCUGUUGUACAAGGAACCAGUGGAUCCUGCAAACUGGGUUGGACUUGAAAAGUUCAAUUUUCUACUUUUAUACCUAAGGAAUAACUUAUUGAUGCUUGCCAUCUUGGCAUUUGAGGUGACCAUCUACAGACAUCAGCAGUAUUUUCGGCUACGCAACAAGCUCUCGCCUCCGCCCUUUCGAACCAUUUUCCACGAUAUUACUCGCCAGCACCUUGACAACGGCAUCAUCAGCUGCGCCAAAUACUUCAUUAACUAUUCCUUCUACAAGUUUGGAGUAGAGGUGUGUUUUCUAUUGGCCGUGAACGUGAUUGGUCAACGCAUGGACUUCUACUCCAUGAUACAUGCCUUAGCACUGGCCGCAGUGAUGUACCGGCGCAGGAGAAAAGCCAUUGCUGAAAUCUGGCCCAAAUACUGUUGCUUCCUUGCCUGCAUGAUCACUUUUCAGUAUUUUGUCUGUGUAGGCAUUCCACCAGCAGCCUGUAAAGACUACCCCUGGAGAUUCGUCAACUCUUCAACAGAUUCCAACGUCAUUAAGUGGCUCUACCUGCCUGAUUUCCACACCAGACCGAACCCCAAGUUUCUCAUCUAUGACUUCAUGUUGCUGCUGAGUGCUUCUCUGCAGCGCCAAGUGUUUGAUGAGGAGAAUUUGGCAGCCGUUCGUCUGAUGGCAGGAGAAAACGUGGAGAUCUGCAGAGACCUGGAUGCCGCUUCCUUCAGUGUUCACAACCCCGUCCCGGACUUCAUACACUGCAGGUCAUAUUUGGAUAUGCUGAAAGUGAUCAUGUUCAGCUACCUGUUCUGGUUCGUCCUCACCAUCAUCUUCAUCACCGGCACCACACGCAUCAGCAUUUUCUGCAUGGGCUAUCUGGUGGCCUGCUUCUACUUCCUGCUCUUCGGUGGACAGCUGCUGCUGAAGCCAAUUAAGAAGAUCCUUCACUACUGGGACUUCUUAAUAGCCUACAACGUCUUUGUUAUCACCAUGAAGAACGUCUUCUCUAUUUUAGCCUGUGGUUACAUCAACAAGCUGAAGAUCAAUUGCUGCUGGCUGAUCCAGCUGCUGAGUCUGGCCUGCACCAUAAAGGAAUAUGAAGACCUGCCAGGUGUGGACCUCAGACACCUCUGGAUUUACAAUGUCUGUGAAUUGCCACAGGACGAGGCCGGAAUCAUCUGGGACAGCAUCUGUUUCAGCUUCCUGCUGCUGCAAAGACGCGUCUUCAUGAGCUACUACUUUCUCCAUGUGGUGGCCGACAUCCGUGCUGGACAGAUACUCGCUUCUAGAGGAGCAGAGCUGUUUCAGGCCUCCAUUGUAAAGGCAGUGAGAGCUCGAUUAGAGGAGGAGAACAAAUCCAUGGAGCAGCUCAAAAGACAGAUGGAUCACAUUAAGACCCGGCAGCAGAAGUUUAAAAAGGGAAAAGAGAAAAUGCUGAGCCUGACCCAGGAGUCUGGAGAAGGACAGAACCUAGUCCCACCUGAGGCUGACGCCGAGGAUGAUGAUGACGAGAAAGAGAAGGCCAAGGCCAAAAAAAAGCAGUGGUGGAGGCCUUGGGUUGACCAUGCUUCCAUGGUGAGGAGCGGAGAUUAUUAUCUGUUUGAGACCGACAGUGAGGAAGAGGAGGAUGAAGAAGAUCCAAAAGAGGAGGAACUUCCCAAGAAAUCGGCUUUUCAGCGUGCAAUCGGAAAGUUUGCCUCAGCCGUCCUGGCUUUACCCAGGUCCAUUCUAAAACUGCCCAAAACUAUCCUGCAGUACCUUAUCAGGGCAGCCAAGUUUUUGUACCAAGCCUGGGUCACAGACUCAAAAACGGCUCUUAAAGAGCAUACCAAGGGGCGACGUCACUUCUGGAAGAGAUACGGCAGAGGACGGAAACAUCGGAAAGACAAAGAGGAAGGGCAUGUUGCUAUUGAGAUGGGAGAUGAUGAACAGAGUUCAGAAGAAAAGAAGGACGGGCCAGACAACAUUAUAAAACGUGUUUUCAACAUCAUCAAGUUCACCUGGGUUUUGUUCCUGACCACCCUGGAAAGCCUGACCAAAUGGAUCAACAACGUCUGUAAAGAAUACAUCGACAUCUCCACAGUGCUGCGCAUUGAGCGCUGCAUGCUUACCAGAGAGGUCAAAAAGGGCAAUGUUCCAUCACGCGAGAGCAUUCACGUCUAUUACCAGAAGCAUAUGCGUCUAAACGCGUCUCGCGAGUCCGGAUUGGACCAGAUCAGCGAGGACGACUCGACCUCCGGUUCUCAAAAGCCCCGCCGCAGACGGAGAGGGUAUACACUGGAGAGCCAGGACUCGGUGGCAUCCAGAGACAGCAUCUCCAGCGCAUACACAGAGGCCACCAUGCUCUUCUCUCGCCAGUCCACGCUGGACGACCUGGACGACAUGCCCGAGCAGGUGCCCAAAACCAGCGAGCGGGCCCGACCCAAGCUGAAAAAAAUGUACAGCAUGGACAUGUCCAACUCGUCCGGAGACAGCGGCAGCAGCAACAUCUCCAGCGAGGCCACUCAAUGCGUCACUUUAUUUUCACGGCAAGGCACAAACGAAACAAUAGAUGAGGUGGAGGAUGAGCAGGAUCAAAUACAGCAGCAUACACAAAGCCCUAAAACGACCCAGCAAACAGAAACAGGUCCCUGGAGCCCCGUCCAGCCUGAUUUACAACAAGAACCUGAAGAAAGACUCCCAGAGCAUGAAGACGAAGAACCCGAGCGAACCGAACGUGCAGGUGAAGAUCACGCUGAAGAGGAACGAGACCAGGACCAGGUGGAGGGUGAAGAAGGGGUGGAAAUCUCCAAAACGGAAGACGGCGGUGAAUCGUCUGGUCCGGAGUUCGCGCCGGCGGAGAGGUCGUGCGGCGGCGCCUUUACCCCGGACACUGAUGUUCCGAACACGUCGGAUGCGGACGUGCCGCCCAGCUACAGCAAGGCCGUGAGCUUCGAACGGCUUUCCGUCAGCUCGGACGAGAGCGACGAAGAGAAGGGGCUCAUGCUGAUGACUUCAGACAGCAGGUCGGAUCUGCUGUCGGACGACGCCCUGCUGCCCUCUCAGACCACCGAGCUCACGGCCAGCGAGCUGCUGCUCAACAAAAUGUUCCGUGAUGAGGAGCUGGAGGCCUCUGAGACCUUCUACAAGUCUCAGCCUCUAGGCCUGCAGCUGUGCUAUGCCCUCUACAACCUGCUGGUGGCCCACUCUGAGAUGGUCUGCUAUCUGGUCAUCAUCCUUAACCAUAUGAUUUCAGCCUCCAUGGCUACGCUGGUGCUGCCCGUGCUCAUCUUCCUGUGGGCCAUGCUGUCCGUACCACGACCCAGCAAACGCUUUUGGAUGACCGCCAUCAUUUACACCGAGGUCACCAUCGUCAUCAAGUACUUCUUCCAGUUCAGCUUCUUCCCCUUUAACAAGAACCUGGAGGUGGACCGAAAAAGGCCCUAUCACCCACCCAACAUCAUUGGGGUGGAGAAAAAGGACGGUUACGUGCACUAUGACCUCAUCCAGCUGCUCGCCCUGUUCUUCCAUCGCUCCAUUCUCAAAUGCCACGGUCUGUGGGACGAGGACGACCCCAAAGAGUCGAAGAGAGACCCCCCUCAUCACGGGGAUGAGUCCGAGGACGAUGAGAAGUUGGCGGUGGCGAUUCUAGCAGAGGCGAAAAAGAGCUCACCCCCUCGCUCCAUCAAGUCCAGCAGCACGGGCAACUCGGUGGACCUGGACUGCAACCAGCUCGUGCACGUGCGCCACCCCGAACAGCGAACGUAUCAGCGGCGCAAGAGCUCCAGCGGGGGUUCGAACUUGUCACAUCGGUCGUCCCUGCGCUCCAAAAGAGGCAGCACAAGCACGAGGAACAGCAGUCGUAGGGAAGGGAGCGAGGUGGGCGUGGAGCUCAAAAGCCGCAAAGAACUCAUCGUGGAGAAAAUCCAUGAGCAGCUUAUCAAAGCCAGGAUCUUUCUUUUUAAAAGAGGAAAAGAGAUCUACCUGCCUAUUCGCCAGUUCUUUUAUAACCUCAUCCAUCCCGAGUACAGCGCAGUGACCGACGUCUACGUCCUUAUGUUUCUGGCCGACACCGUCGACUUCAUCAUCAUCGUCUUCGGCUUUUGGGCUUUUGGGAAACACCAAGGAGGAGCGGACAUCACGUCCUCACUGUCUGAAGAUCAGGUUCCUGGUCCAUUUCUGGUUAUGGUGCUGAUCCAGUUUGGUACCAUGGUGGUGGACCGGGCCCUGUACCUGCGCAAAACUGUGAUGGGGAAAGUUAUCUUUCAGGUCAUCCUGGUGUUCGGCAUCCACUUCUGGAUGUUCUUUAUCCUGCCAGGAAUUACAGAGAGGCGUUUCAGUCAAAACACAGUUGCUCAGCUGUGGUACUUUGUGAAGUGUAUUUACUUCGGCCUGUCAGCGUAUCAGAUCCGAUGUGGUUACCCCACUCGUGUCCUGGGUAACUUUCUGACCAAGAGCUACAACUACGUGAACCUCUUCCUCUUCCAAGGGUUUCGUUUGAUCCCUUUCCUGACCGAGCUGCGUGCCGUGAUGGACUGGGUGUGGACGGACACCACGCUCAGCCUGUCAAGCUGGAUCUGUGUGGAGGACAUCUACGCUCACAUUUUUGUGCUUAAGUGCUGGAGAGAGUCAGAAAAGCGAUACCCUCAGCCACGGGGUCAGAAGAAGAAAAAGGUGGUGAAGUAUGGGAUGGGUGGCAUGAUCGUAAUGCUGCUCAUCAGCAUCAUCUGGUUCCCUCUGCUCUUCAUGUCUCUGGUCAAAUCGGUGGCCGGCGUCGUCAACACACCUCUGGACGUGUCUGUUAGUCUCACUCUCGGAGGGUUCCAGCCGAUCUUCACAAUGAGUGCUCAACAGAAGAACCUGCACAACGUCACUAGCCAGGAAUUCGGGAGUUUCAAUCGAAUCUAUAAACACGAUUCUACGGCCUUGCAGUUUCUCGAAUCAUACGUGAAUCAGGAUUUGACUAUAGCCCACAUGGAGGGAAGUUCCAAUUCACUGUGGACCAUCAGCCCGCCCAGCAGGGAGAACAUGAUAAAGAUGAUGGCUGGAGAUAAUGAAAUACAUUUGACCUUUGCCUGGUCUAUACAGAGGAACCUGAGUUUAGGAGCCAAAGCAGAGACAGCAGCAGGAAAACACACCAUCAUCCUGGAACAUGAAACCAAAACGAACAUUUCACGACUGCUAAAUGGUGAAAUUUCCUUUGUGAUCAUCCACACAAUUUUUCCGAGAUUCCUGCGGGCACCCAGUGACUCGAAUGCAAAACCCAUCGAUCAGCUGAGUGCAGAUUAUGAAAAUAUCACACUGAGUCUAAAGAAAUUCAACAACAGUGAGGGGACCGUUCAGGAGUGGUGGACUGUGAAUCAGACGAAGCAGGUCAAAAACGCACCAAAGUCGUUAGAGAACGCCACAUCUGGACUGAAUCUGUAUAUCUUCAGCGAUCAGGUCAGCCCUCCUAGUCUGGGCUUUCUGGCUGGUUAUGGCAUCAUGGGCCUCUACAUGUCCGUGGUGCUGGUCAUCGGCAAGUUCGUGCGCGAGUUCUUCAGCGGGAUCUCGCACACCAUCAUGUUCGAGGAGCUGCCCAACGUGGAUCGCAUCCUCAAACUCUGCACCGACAUCUUCCUCGUCCGAGAAACGGGAGAGCUGGACCUGGAGGAGGACCUGUACUCCAAGCUCAUCUUCCUGUACCGCUCUCCAGAGACCAUGAUCAAAUGGACCAGGGAGAAGAACAAGUGAAGGCCGCAGAGCCGGUGACGGGGACGAGGAUACACGGUGCAUGAAGAGUUCUUAAUCGACCUGAAAAAGCACAAGGCUGUGGAUCGCGCUAUUAGUGUGGAUAAUACAGCAGCCAAAAUCGAAUUUUGGCACCUCGCUGCUGGGAGAAAACUUCUCUCACUCGUGUACAUGACUGAGGUACGGAGAGAUCGCUGUCCUGCGGCUACUUGUACAUUUUAAGGGCUUUAAUAGAGACGAAUGAGCCGAGCAUGAGUCGAGUGGGCCCUUCUUCUUCUUAACAAAUGGACUGAGAUGAUUUUUAACACACCCGAUGACCAAGUGCUUUAUUUUCUGAAUGGCAAGAAUAAAACGACCUCUGGUUUUGCAGAAGUCUGGGCGACACAACAGCACCUGACAAUCUACUUGCCUUAUUUGGUUUGUACAAAUAACUGCAUUUUCAUUCAGUCUUUUCUCAGGAACACACUGGUCAUUUCAUCAUGAGAUGUCCUUUUUUUCCAUUGUGUAUUCGAGCACUGGACUGUUGGAUGAGAAGUCUAGCGUAAGCACUGUUAAUAUGCACAAUGUGAUGUAUGGCGUGGAAGGAGCCGGUACAUAUCAUGAUUUCAUGAUUCCGUGAUCGUGACAUCGAUUAACAAUAUCUGUGGUUGGUUAACUUAUGAAGCAUGAACUUUACAGAGGUUGUACUUUCUUGUGAUGUACGUCUUGGGAGAUUAUUAUGUGCAUAUUAUGUGAUUGCUUGUGUGAAAGGGCGAAGCAAUAUGAGAACUAAUGCAUUUCUAAAAAAAAAAAAAAAAAAGAAAAAAGGAAGGGAGUAGGAGAUGGAGGAUACCUUGGACUGGGCUGGGCUGGGCUGGACUGGGCUGGGCUGAUUUGUACAUAGAUCAGUGCAAUUCUGUAUUCAUACACAAGCGAGGGCUGUCUUUGUAUCUGGGGGCGACAGUUAGUGUUUACAAUUUGAACUCAUCUUCCGAGUAUGACCUCCGUCCUUCGCUGUCAUGGAGACGGAGAUGGAGACGGUACGAGAAAUUCCGGGAGUACUGAAGCAUUAUUGGAUGCAACCCUUGAAUCUUCAACCCCCCUCCCCCAUCCUCCCUUUCCUUCCCAAACACACGUUUCUGAACUAUGCAUUAUUUAAAGCCAUUGUAGCAUGAGAGAAUAAUAACUAUUUAACAUGAGGUGUUUUCAUUACAUCACAUGUACAUAUACUUUUACAGGGACAAAAGAAAUGUGAAGCUUUAUUAGGUUUGCUCUGUAGCUGAAUGUCAUGAUGGAAAUGAAGAUCUGAAGGAAAGCGAUGACCUUCAAAUAAAGCACAUAUCA